CUUUCUCCCUGACAGCGGUUAACCGCAUAACUCAGAACCCAGGACUGUGUACCUCCGCCCUAGUGGUCGGCAUGCACCAAUCAAACAUUGUCCGCUAAUUUCUUCAGUUACAAAAAAACGUUCGCCAAUCUAAUAUUUCAGAUCAGUCGGGCUGUCUAUAGGGGAAUUUUUCACCGCUAAAAACACCAGUCCAUAUGCACCCGUUUACUUUUUGGGUCGGCACUUUUUUAGGUGUCCACUCGGAGUAAUAUAGUGUGACAUAGCCUCCGGCAAAGAACAGUGGGUUUUGACCAAACAAGGGGCUUCUUGGAAGGACUUCUGUCUGAUCCAUUCAGACAUCACGCAUAUCUGGAGCUCUGCAUAACGCUUAUUUUUGUCGAACACUUAGGUUGGUGAGUUGUGGUAUCUCGAUCGGCUGCUGUGAACAUCGUCAUAUAUUAGCGAUGGAUUCUGACUUUCGCGUCGCGUUGGCUUGGGUCAUUCUGCACGUGCCUCUCCUGUACUUGGUCGCGGCUGUGUUGGGGGGUCUAUGGGACGACAAUGUUCACUUCUAUCGUCUCCUGAAGCUCACGAAAUGGAUCUGUCUCAGCGUGCUGAUGGAAGCACCCGUACUAGUGUGCCCCUCCAAUCAUAUCGCUGUGGUUGCCGCGAGGGUUUUGAACCAGGGCUUCCUGUGCGCUUUGUUCUUCCUGGUCCACUACAUUCGUGAGAAGCGAGAGCCCCCAAUGUCCCUCCGUCACCGCGUGUGUUACGCCCUGUUGGUGGAGAACUGCGCCGCCUACAGCUUGACCUGGAACUACGUCCAGACCGCGAUGCUGGCAGGAGCGCUGCUCGCAGAAGACUUCGGCGCCGGGCCGCAAGCCGUCUGGUUUCUUCACCUGGUUCUGCUCGUGAUCUGCGCACUGUUCAUCGCGUCUGUCGAGUUAAUCUACCCAUGUACGUACCAGUGGACUGUAGCGGCACAUUUACCCAUACAGAUAUGGGUUUACUACCUCUAUCAGUACUCGGCUAUAGACGGCAAAACCGUGUGCGCCCUGACCGCGUUUGACGCGUUGUUGUUGUUGUGCAAAAUAUUCGCUCCAGAAAAGGGUACAGAAUAUAGUACAAUUUCUCAGGAAGAGGAUCAAGGCGAAGAUAUGGAUCUUAAGUCUUCUGUAGUCUAGAUAGAUGGAUGAAUGAAUGAAAGAACGAACGAAUGAGUGACUAUGGAUCAUGAAUAUGGCGAUAAAGUACUAUUAUAAGUAUACAAUGAUAUAAGAAGGUGGUAUCUUACAAUGAUUAAUGUUUACUAGUAUGUACAGGUUCAACUCACUUCUCAAGAUAGCUGUAAACAUACGGACAAGGGAAACUUUUAACACGUGGUUUCUCUAAUUGCAUAAGAAAUAUGAGCUUUUCUGUGCUAUCGAAAUGGCAAAAACUAGAGGAAAUUAUGUUGAACACAAUUGAAGAUAUGUCUCUCAUUGACGUCUAAGAUACGGUCUAAGAUAAAAUGACGUAUACGUACCUCUCCUAUCUGAGUUACAAUAUUGCAAAUUCUUUGUUACAUCGGAAUGUGGUUAUGUCCUACUUGUUUUUAUAUUAUCUUGUCAUAAGCUGCUAUAUUUUCCAGCAUGCCAGACAGCGAAUGAUAAUACAUACCUUUUUUUGGUGGUGAGAAAUAUAUUAUAUU